UGCAGAACUUAGCGGCGGACUGACGGAGACCGGGUCUCCUGCGCUGGCGCGGCCGCCGGAGCGACGCCUGGACCUCGGCCUGAGAACUGGACUGCUGGUGUAUCUGUGAAGUGUUUGCAAAUGGAUUGAGCUGCUGCUGCUGACCUGUUGAUUUCCAGACAACACAGAUGGAAAUUGCUCCAAAGAACCCUUUCUAAACAAGUCCACUUCCUCUGUAUCCUAUCUUUUCCACUCCCUCUGGAAACUCCUUCGCAAGGAGAGAUGAAGAAGAAAUCUGUAUAUAAUCAGAAUGUGGGUGAUCAGGAGUGUGAAGAUAUGGAAGGUGAAGAAAACAGAAAUAAUGCUGAUACCUUCGGCUUACUGUACAGUGAAUCGGACAGAUGUCCAAUAUGUCUUAGUUGCCUAUUAGGAAAGGAAGUUGGUUUUCCAGAAAGUUGUAAUCAUGUCUUCUGUAUGGCCUGUAUUCUUAAAUGGGCAGAGAUACUGGCUUCUUGUCCAAUCGAUCGGAAACCUUUUCAGGCAGUGUUUGAACUCAGUGCAUUUGAAGGUCGUGCUAAGAUUCAAGCAAAAAGAUGGUUGAGAGAAAUAGAUGACAAGGAAAAUAAAAGGUCUUUUAAGAAACAAUUCUUUUAUCAUGAGAGUUCCAGAAGCGACAAAAGAAAAAGAAACACCAUAAGAGAAGAUCUAUUAUGUGAACGAUCUAAUGACUUGAAGGUGUUGUCUAGAAACUUUUCAAACAAAAUGGGUGAGAAGAAAAAUGCUACAGUAAAGACAAAUAAGGUUCAAAGAUCAAAUCAGUGUACAGAUUCUUGUAUCAGAAAUGACAUGUCCAGUAUGUUUUGGUGUGGCAGCCACAGUUGGGGACCUCACACCCAUAGAGCUUCCUGUACAGAAUCUAUAGAAGUCAAUGAAAUCAGUGCAUUGAUUAGACAAAAACGACAAGAACUGGAAUUGUCAUGGUUUCCUAAUACAUUACCUGGAAAUGGAAGAGUUGACUCUGUAUCCUGGAGUGUGGAGACAGCAGUUCUUUCUCUAGUUUCCUCAGUGUUGCCAAGGACGAUUUUUCCAGCAAGUACCAUAUCACUAGAAAAUUUUGGUACUUCUCAUAAGGGAUAUGCAUUAGCACAUACCCAAGGAGGAGGAGAAAAAAAGCAAACUUCAGGCACAUCAAACGCCAGAGGAUCAAGACGAAAACCUGCAGCAACUGCUCCUACAAGGAGGUCCACAAGAAACACACGAGCUGAGACAGUCAGUCAGCCCCAGAAGUCUCCAGUGUCAAACUACUCUGAGUGUGAUGCCCCAGGGAAUAGUAAUUCCUCUAUAAGUAUUUCUCCUACAUCUGAAUCAGAAAAGCAAACGAGACAGGCUCCAAAACGGAAGUCUGUAAGGAGAGGAAGAAAACCACCUUUAUUGAAAAAGAAACUUCGGAAAUCUGUACUGCCUGCUGAAAAAACAUCUAGCGAUUCAGUAGAGGAAGAAACUGUGGACUCUGACACUCCACCCGUGUUGGAGAUAGAGCAGCAGUCAUGUAUAGAAAGUAGUAGCAUUUGCUCUCUUCAAACAGAUGAAGAGAAUCAUUUAGCUAAGUGCUUGAAAAGUUGCAGUGAACAAACAGAAGAAAAUGAACAAACCAAGAAUCAUGAGAUUGAGGAACAAACAGAAAGUUUAAAUUCUGAAUCUUGCACUCUAUAUCCUCCUGUGCUUGUUGGAGAAGAUACAGUGAUGGAGACUAAGGAGUUAUGUGUAGACCAUGAUAUCUCUACAGAUACUUCUCUAAGAGCAAGUGAUCCGUUAGAAAAUAAAGAGCAGGUGUCUGGAGUUUCAGAGUCAGAGGUACAGGCACUUGUGUGUACAGAGAGUCCUCCUGAAGAUUUUCUUACAUGUCCAUCUUCUGACACUGAAGAACACCAACCAGUGUCCAGUCCCCAGGGUGAAGUAUCUGAUAACACCACCCCAGUGCUUAGUGUUGAAAGAACAGAGAAGAGUCUCAUAGUAGAAAGUACUGAUUUGAAUGAUUCUGCAGUAAACACAGAAGAAUCUGUAGAGAGCCCCAAAAUGGAAUCUUCUGAGGGUGAAAUUACACACAAACUGGACAGACAUUGUGUUCCCAGCUCAGACACUGAGUUGCCUGAGCAUAUUGAAACUGAAAAUAUAGAAAUAAUUCCAACCUGUGGCACUUCAGAAAAUGAAAGUUCUGGUGCUGGUCAGGAUUGUGAAGAUAACUUAUUAAAACAUAAUCUUGACAACUCCCAGUUGGAUAAAUCCUUAGAAGAAAAGACAGACUCUCUGGUUGAACAUCCCAUCCAUGCAGAGUUACCUCAUAAAGAGGUGGAACAGAGUGAGAAACAUUUCAGUGAAGAUAAUAAUGAAACAGUGCCUAUGGAGUGUGAUUCCUUCUGUAGUGAUCAGAAUGAGUCUGAAGUAGAGUCAUCGGCACAUACUGACUCUAAACAAUUGAAUGAAAACUCUGUGCCACAUAGUUCUGACAAGCUCUCUUCUGAUCCUGCAGUUGAGAAGGUUGAAACUGUGGCUCUGCCAGCUGAAAGCCUAGUGGACAAAGCCCCAAAGCCUCGCACUCGAAGGUCUAGAUUCCAUUCUCCAUCUACAACUUGGUCUCCUAAUAAAGACGCUGCACAAGAAAAGAGGCGUGCUCAGUCGCCAUCUCCAAAAAGAGAGACUGCAAUAGAAAGGAAGUCUUCUCAGUCACCAUCACCCAAGAGAGAGUCUGCCAGAGGACGGAGAAAAUCUCGUUCUCUCUCACCGAAAAAAGAUGUAGCAAGAGAAAGGAGGCAGUCUCGGUCUCCAAAGAGAGAAAGUGCUAGGGAAGCUAAAAGAUCGGAGUCAGAUUCCCCAAGAAGAGAUACUUCUAGGGAGAACCAGAGGUCUCAGUCCAGAGUCAAAGAUUCUUCCUCAAGAGAAAAGUCUAGGUCCCGGAGCAGAGAAAGAGAAAGUGAUAGAGAUGCUCAGAGGAGAGACCGGGAGAGAGAGAGGAGAGCUAGAAGAUGGUCCCGGUCCAGAUCUCGCUCUCGAUCGCCAUCAAGAUUAAGAACGAAAAGUAAGAGUUCAUCAUUCGGGAGAAAUGAAAGAGAUAAUUACUCUCCUCGGUGGAAGGAAAGACGGACAAACGAUGGUUGGAGGUGUCCCAGAGGAAAUGACCGGUACCGGAGGAACGAUUCAGAGAAACAGAAUGAAAAUACAAGAAAUGAAAAAAAUGACAUCACUGCAGAUACUAAUGAUCCAAGUUCCACAGAUAAGCAUAGAAAUGACUGUCCCAGUUGGGUAACAGAAAAAAUAAACUCUGGGCCAGAUCCAAGGACCAGAAAUCCAGAAAAGUUAAAAGAUUCCCACUGGGAAGAAACUAGAAAUGAAAAUUCAGGGAAUUCUUGGACUAAAAACUUUGGCCCAGGCUGGAUGUCCAACCGUGGUCGAGGUAGCCGUGGGAAAGGUGCUUUCAGAGGUCAUUUUGCCUGUAGUGACCAGAGUGAGAACAGGUGGCAAAACCGUACACCCCUCUCAGGGAGCGACUCUUUCAAGUCUGUGGAGCAGCAGCCCUCUAAGCGGAAAAGUGAGCAGGAACUGUCCUUUGGCACACCAGCAGACAGGUCAGGGUGGACAUCUGCAUCCAGCUGGGCAGUGAGAAAGACUCUGCCAGCAGAUGUGCAGAACUAUUACUCUCGGCGCGGCAGGAAUUCUUCAGGUCCACAGUCUGGGUGGAUGAGACAGGAAGAGGAAACACCUGAGCAGGAUUCUAACUUAAAAGACCAAACAAACCAAGUUGAUGGUUCUCAGCUACCUGUAAAUAUGAUGCAGCCACACAUGAGCGUAAUGCAGCCUCCAGUGAGUGCCCAGCACCAGCCUAUGGGCAUCUUCCCAUACCCAGUGGGUGUUCACGCCCCUGUGAUGAACAUGCAGCGGAGCCCAUUUGCCAUGCCCCCUCCACUGCCCCUGCAUCUCCACACAGGAGUACCUCUUAUGCAGGUUGCUGCCCCUGCAAGCGUACCUCAGGGACCGCCACCACCACCCCCUCCCCCGCCAUCCCAGCACGUCAGCUACAUCGCCUCCCAAGCAGACGGGAGACAAGUGCAGGGCCUUCCGUGUGCUUCUCAUGUAAGUAAUAACAUGAAUACACAAGUGUUGCCUGCUCCAUCAGCAGCUCCAGCAAACACGGGAUCAGUUCAGGGACCAAGUUCUGGUAAUACUUCGUCAUCAAGUCACGUCCAAGCCUCUAACGCUGCUGUAAAAUUGGCAGAAAGCAAAGUAAGUGUUACAGUGGAAGCCAGCGCAGAUAGCUCGCGGACAGACAAGAAAUUACAAAUUCAAGAGAAAGCAGCACAGGAGGUGAAACUGGCUAUUAAGCCAUUUUAUCAGAAUAAAGACAUCACUAAGGAAGAGUACAAAGAGAUCGUGCGGAAGGCAGUGGACAAAGUUUGUCAUAGUAAGAGUGGAGAAGUAAAUUCUACUAAGGUGGCAAAUCUCGUCAAAGCUUAUGUAGACAAGUACAAAUACUCACGGAAGGGAAGUCAGAAGAAAACUCUGGAAGAACCUGUGUCUACCGAAAAAAACAUAGGCUGACAGGAGAAGCCCUGCCGAGGACACUGUGGAGAUGUCUGUAAAGUGCAAUUCAGCUUGUACCCUCACUGAAAUCAUACGCAACUGUGAUGGAAAUCUGGUUUUGAUAAAAUUAUUUUUUUUAUUGUAGGAUGUUUUGUCAAAAAUAAUGCUGUGCACUGCAACUUCUAUAUCUAACCCUAAACCCCAAUAAAACAAAUUCAAGGGAAAUCCAAGGGUGUAAUGUAAUGUGCAUUUUAUCAGGAAUGUGCUCUAGGGUGGGUACUGAAGGGUGUGUGCCUCUUCGGAGAGAUGUCUCUAUCUAUGUAUAAUACAUUUAUUCUGUCAGGCUGAAAAAGUAUGAUCUGUAGGACCUUGCCCCCUUUAACUAUAGAAAUUUAAACAGUGUAUUGCUAUUAAAUAUAUCUGAUAUUAAUAGAACAUGCCGAGUGCAGGUCCCAAAUGUGUGUUUGUGAAGCACGUAUCUGAGUAAAUGGCUUAGAUAGAAAGCAAAUCAUCAUGAGUAAGAAUUGGCCUCAAACUUGUGGUGCUCCUCGCCCUUUUGUCACCAGAUAAAGGUCACACUGUGUGUUGCUUUUGUGCUCUUCUCCCAAUCUAGAAAAAAAAAUUAGUGGUUAAUUCGCUACUUUACAACUUUGCCAGUUCAAAGCUUUGGUGAAUUUAGAAGACUAAUUUGGGAAACAAACAAACAAAAAACCACAAAAAACUAUGUUCUUUCAUUAUAUCUUCUAUUUAUUAGUGAUAUUAAAAUAUUUGUGCCAACUAGAGAAAUGCUACUAGGUGGUGAUGAUUCUUUCGGGAGACUAGCAUAGAAUACAAGGCCCACUUCCCUGGUUUGAGGCUGCUGUUCAUCUGUCUCAGAGUCAAAUUCUUCUCACAUUUCAGAAGUCCCCUAAUGGUUUCCAGUGAAUGAAGUGUUAAUUUGUUGAUGGGUUGCCCUGCUGCAUAAUUCUAGAUAUUAUAACUGUGUCUGACAGAAGAAAGGAAAAUUAAAUAAUGCUAUUUUUGCAUAGGUAUCAGGGUCUAGAGUUUUUUUUUAUUGCUUUUUGUUUUUUUAAAGCAUCAAGACGUUAAUAUGUUGAUGUUUAUGGAAAGUAAGUUCACAGUUUAUGGCACUGUUACUUUCACUGACAUCUAGAAAGGGAAAUCUUUCUAUGAUAAACUGUAAUUGCAGUUACAAUUUCCAGUAAUAUGGUGAUGGAUCAGGAUAAACAAACUCAGUGAGGCCUACCCAUUCCCUCACAGGGACAGUCUCUGUGAGACUGUACUUUCCUAGAGUACAGGCAACCUGGCUCUCAGUUCUGCAUAAUGUUUUCCAGCAAGCUUUGAAGGGAAGGCUAAUUUUGUGAUUUCAACCCAUAGUGAUUGCACUAGGUAAAUGAUAAGGUUUAUUAGGUUAUGGUUAUAAUCCUAAAACAUUUCCAAACUGUUUUGGUCUUCAUUUCUACAUUUCUGACACUUAAUGAUGCAACAUUUUACAUUUUUAAUUAAAGAUUGUGUUUAGAUUAUGGGCAGAAGAAGUUUGGAAGGCAGUUCCCAACACCGUGGCAUGCCUUGUUCCUUCCAGAUCAGGACCCCUUGGACAGUGGUGCGAACUUGUGGUCCUGUGCUGACAAUUGUGUGUCAGACACUGUUUGUCCUCAUUAAUGCUGCAGCGUGUGUUGUCCCCGCAUCCUUCCACCCACACCUGGGCAGUUAACUUACCAUUUAGCUCUUGCAAAACGACUUUUAACAUUGAGAAGAAAAGUGGGUUACGUGUUAGGUGUUCAGGUCAUGCUUUGGUGGAGCUCCACUAUUGUUGAAGUUACACAGGGACGUGCUCUGUGUCUGGUAGGGCAUUGGGUAGAGUGCUUCAGAAUAGUUAACUCUUCAGAAUAGCUCAGUAUUUCUAAUAUAUUCUGACAUUACAAUAUAUUCUGACUGGAUUAGAAAUAUAUUGGAUAUAUAUUCUGAGUUAAAAAACGCAUGCUUUGUGUUAAAAAAUAGCAUUACUUUUACAUUCUUGGUUUUUCUUUUUUUCUUAGAAAUCCACAUUAGUUUUGCACAUUUGAACUUAAUACAGUUUGGGGGUUGCAGGUUCCUCUUGAUCGUGACUCAGUAUUGACUUGGCCUGUGGAGCCGUGGGCCCUUCAACUUGCUAGUCACAUUGGCCUUGUUUGAGGUUGUGGAGGUGCCCAGUAGUACUUACUCGUUAUUAACAUUCCAAAGGGUUUGUGGUUGUCGCUGUUUUGGUCAUGACCACUACAUCUUCUCCAUUCUCUGCCUUCAGAUGGCCGUGGUGUGUUGUGCUGGCCUCACGCAUAGAGGCACGUGGCCUCACGCAGAGGCUGUCCUGAGUUUGAGACAUGGCAGCAUGAGUUGCAGUGCUGUCUGCUGAAACAUCUAAAACCAGAUUGUGGUCUGUAAUAUAUCCUAAUAAAUUUUUUUGCUAAACAAAGUAGUGUCUUUAAAAUUUUAUUACGUUUUCUGGGAAAUGGUGACUUUUAUAUCAAUUUAAACCAUUUCCAAUGUGUUGAAUUAUUUCUUGGAUUUUUACCAAAGUAACGAGCAUCAUGAUUACUAUCGAGGCAAUAAAAACAGAGUUAGCUAUAAACAUGUUUCAAGAGUAGUUUUCCUAAUUAUAUAAUCACUGUAGGAAAUUUAAAACAUUGAGUAAUUUCUAAAGAUGGAAGAGACUGGGAAACAAAUGAGAAAGAUUAUCUGUAACUCUACCAAAGUUAACUUCCAAGCCUGGCUUCAAUACACAUUAUAUGUUAUGACCUAUUCUUUCCAAUUAAUGUAUUGAGAAUAUUCAGUUUUAAUAAAAAUUAAUUUGACAGCUCGA